AUGGCAGGAUUUUAUAAUAUGGACCAGAAGGAAGUCAUCCGUAUCAAAGUCAAAAAAUGUGAUGGAAAGACACAAGCAGAGUACAAGAAAUUUUCCAUUGAUCCACAAAUAACAUCAUUUGAAAUGCUGCAGGGCAUCCUGGCAAAAGCAUUUGAAAUCAGGAGUGAUUUCACCAUCAGCUAUAUGACGUAUGACUCUGAGGGCCAAAAUGUCUACCAGUCUAUGCUGUCUGAUUGGGACAUGGAUGCUGCAUUUCAGUGUGCUUCUGAACCUUAUCUUAAACUCAGAGUUGAUGUGCGACUUUUUGAAGAUCUUGAAGACUGGGAUGUUAUUGCUCCUGUUGAAAUACCUCAUCAUCAGUUACUUGGUUUGGUUGACAAACAUUCAAUACUGAGUGCAGUCACUGGCUCCAUCACACAUAAAUUGGUGAGGACUGUCAGCAGCAUGCAAAGGGCCAUGGGUUUUAAGCAUCCAGAAAAUGGUGUGACAAAACCAGCCAAACUCCCAAUGUGUGACACAGAAUUCCGCAACUAUCUGGACAGCUCCGGUUUCAUGAUUAAGCCAAAUGAGUUCCGACAGUCGGUCUAUCAAGGAGGCAUUGAACAUUCCUUACGGCGAGUUGCCUGGCGCCAUUUACUCAGCAUCUACCCUGCACACCUCUCAAGUAAAGACCGCUUUAGGUACCUGAAGUGUAAAGAGGAGGAAUAUCGAAAAUUGAAAGAGGAGUGGUGUGAAAAACUUCGCAAUGGUGCAGUCAUGGAGGAAGUGAAGCAUGUUGUCAAUAUGGUGGAAAAGGAUGUGCUGCGCACAGACAGGUCGCACAGUUUUUAUUCGGGAAGUGAUGAGAAUAAAAAUACCCUGUCCCUGUUUCAUAUUCUGGUAACCUUUGCCUUGACCCACCCGGAUGUCUCUUACUGUCAAGGGAUGAGUGACCUUGCCUCUCCUCUGCUUGUCACGCAGAAAAAUGAAGGUCAAGCUUAUAUUUGUUUCUGUGCCCUCAUGAGAAGACUGCACACAAAUUUCACCACGGAAGGAAGCGCAAUUAUGAUGAAAUUCCACCAUUUGUCUGAAUUGCUGAAUAUGUAUGAUCCGGUAUUGUAUGAAUAUUUGCUGCAGAAUUCUGCGGGGGACAUGUUUUUUUGUUACCGUUGGUUUCUACUGGAGAUGAAACGAGAGUUUCCCUUUAAUGAUGCUCUUCAUGUCCUUGAAGUCAUGUGGGCGACAUUGCCUCACUGUCCACCACAACACGAGAUAAAACUGGCAGAUGCCGGGUAUUCUUGCCAGCUGCUUUCCACAUCUCCUGGCUCACCAACAUUUUCCCAACAGCACAACAUGUACACCAAGCUGCUUGCUUUGCGUCGAGGUGGGAUCCUUCACAGAGGAACACAGACUGCUAAUUCCACAGCCAGCGUAAUUCCUAGAGCUAACAACAAUAUGAGCACAUAUUCAUUGUCACAUUGUGAUGAUGUCAGAACCAAUCGGAGCAGUAUCUCUUCAUUUGAUACAUCUCCCAGUGAUAGAGAAGUCAGGGACACCAGUUUUCCUAAGAUAGACCAUUCUGUUACAUACUGUGUGCAUCAAAAACUAGACAACAUCCAAAAAAUAGAUAACAUCAGACAUGUUUUAAAGAAUAGACAACUGUAUGAACACUUCUCCACUCAUUUCCGUAUUAUAGACAUAAAAGCCACUGAUACCUCGCCAAAAGCUGCUGGUUUGAAUUUGAUCACGCCAAAGACUCUUUCCCCACUUGCCAGCAGGUACCUUCCUUUUCGUGCAGAGACGGAUAAAUCUGAAAUCACUAAGAACUUGUCAGAUUCUCUCAUUUCCGAUUGCCAGGAAGCAACUGAAGAAUUUGGCAGUUCAGAGACCACGUGCAGUCUGUUUACAGGCACACCAGUAAGAGAUCCCUCGAAACUGCCACCACCUCAGGAGUUUGGAGCGGGGAAUCCAUUUCUGAUGUUCUUGAGUUUGACUUUGCUUCUCCAGCACCGUGAGUUUAUUCUGAGUCAGGAAAUGUGUUAUGAGGAGAUUGCCAUGUACUUUGAUAGGCUGGUACGCAAGCAUGAUGCCAACCACACGCUCCAGUUUACUCGGCAGAUGUACAUGGAGUACCUCCGAGCUCAGCAAGCCAAUGUGAAAGAAGAUGAGGACCUAGAGUUUAAUCUUAAUUUCUAG